UGUCUCAUGGGCUUUCGCCGUCCUCUGGUGCGCGCCGGCACGGGGCGCAGCCGCGGUGUUCCCCCCGCGCAGCCCCGGUCCAGCGGCGCAAGGGCACCCCGCCAUCUCUCCGGGACACGGGGCACUGAGUGGCGGGCGGCAGGGCUCGCCUUCUCUGGGGCUGACAGAGAGCUUUCUCUGUCCGCUUCUCCCCCCGCCUCCCUUCCCCCCGGGCCUGCCCUUGGAAACGCUGUUUGUUUUGGUCGGCGAGUGCCAAACUCCUGCCUCUGGUAACUGUUAAAAACAUGGGGCCGGGGGAGGAGACAGGCGGUGAAACAGAUGGAGGAAGAGGAGGAGCCGCCGGCUGCCCUCGGUGCCGCUCCCCCCGUCCCUCGCAGGGAGCGGAGCGGGCAGGGCGGCCCCGGGCUCCCCUCGGGGCCGGGCAGGACGCCGGGACACGAACUCAUCCCGCUCUUACCCACAGUUUUUUAAGUCUUCGCGAAGAGAAGUCGCUGUUCAGAGGGAAGAGCUGCGGAACUAAAAAGCUAAAGGGGAGAAAUGCUGGCUGUAAGCUGUGGAAAAACGAGAAAGUAACUCUUAACAAAGGCUCCUUUCUGCUCCUGUGCUGGGGGUGCUGGCAGAGGUGGAGUCGGUGAAAGGGGAACUCGAGCCCAGAUGAGAUUCAGUCGGUGCCAGCUUGAAGACAGUAAGAAUGUGAGCCCAGUAGAAUAAACAAAGUUAAGACCUUCAUAGUGGUAAAACUGGACUGAGCACUCGUAAGUCCCUGUGUCCAUGCACACUUCCUUUGAACAAAGCAGGGCUGUGGAAAACCUUUUCUUGAAGAUGGCAUCUGAACGAAAAAAACCUAAACUGUUCCAAACAGGUUUUCUUGUGUGUGGGUUUUGGUUUUUUUUUUCCCCUAGGUGCUUCACAAAGUAACUUCUAAUGCAAACCUUCAGGAAUAAAAAGUGUGUGUGUCCUGUAAAACUAAUUUGAUUUUGCAGUCUUGAUUAGUUCUAAGCCAUCAGUUGGGUGAAAUGCUGACCAUAUAAGAGCAGGGUGCCUUCAAGCAUCUACAAUUUUGUAUUCAUUGUAUUUUUAGUAAAAACAAAAAUUUGCAACUUUCUAAACAGCAGCAGAAACAUGAGACUUUAGUUCUUCAUUGUUAACUAGAAUCUUAGUGUUGGUACAUCUAGAAGAUACUUUUAAGUUUGGUCUUCCACUGAGAGUUUAUCAUUAAAAAACCUGCAAUAUAGUAAUGAAACCCCCUAUGAAGAUACCCAACGUAAUAGGAAUGUAAACAUCAGUAACUUUUAAUGCAGAAGAGUAAAGCAGGUUGAAAACACAGUGUGACUCUUUUAAUAGAAUAGGUAGGAUAUUAAGCUUUGUAUUAAAACAACAGCCUAAUAUGUAAUACCUAAUGAACAACUCAAAGAAAAAAAAAGUAUUGUCUAUUCAAGAUGGUGAGGUACAAAGAGAUAUUAAAAGGCUAAAGAGCUUUCUGAAAUAUUUUACAUGGCCAUUAUACAUAUAACUUAAAAUUACUUAUGAACUUGGCUAUUAGUAAUUAAUGAGAAGCUCUGUGCUGUCUAAAAAAGUGUAAGGCAAAUCAGCUCUUCUACUGUAGGCUAUAAAGAAAGGACUAAGUGACUCAGUUGUCUAUUGUUGUAGCUAAUUAGAAAUGCCUUGUUUGGUUUGUACUUGCCUUUGAUAUGCUCAGUGGCUCUACUUUUGCCUAAGUGUUUUAGCUGUUGGGCAACAUACAGAAAAACUGCAGAUAGCACAUCCAGAUUCUGCUUGUAUGUUCAUGUAUGUUUAGUUUGAUGUGUUUAUCUUUUAAGCUUAGAAUUUAGCAAUAAUGUUCUGAAUUUGCAGAACACACCCAUUCUUCCUUCCUAUUGUGUUUGAGGCAUCCUCCUAGGAAAUGUAUUUACUGUGGCAAAAGAUUGCAGUAAUUUUUGUGUGUCAUCCUCUAUUGCAGUGUUGAAACUUGUUAUUUAAAUGAAUCCUUCUGAAGCACUCUGCUGACAGCUCUGCUAUCUGCAUGUGUGUGCCUAUUGUAGGAGCAGACAUGGUCCUGGUACAUCAAGAUAUGUCUUGGGCCUCUUUGAAAUGGAAGUAUUUAUUGCCAAAAAAUCCUUUGCUGGGACUAGUGUGUAAGGACUUAAGGUAGAAAUUAGAAAUCUAUAUACGUUAACCACUUGCUCUUCUUGGGAAUCAAGAUUUGAGUGGAAAAUGGCAGUGCUGACUUGUCUUCAUGGCUGGUUUAGUACUUCUCUUAGGAGCACCUUGCAAAUCUGAAUAUUUGUUAGUAUUAUCAUACUUCCAGUUUUUAGGAAGUUCUUGGAAUGAUGAUGUAUAAAUUGUGUGAGAAUUCGGGGGUUUUAAUGGUCAUUUAACUUCUUCCAUGUACUUAACACCGGGACUGAAGCAGUAGACUCAUCUUGAAGUGCUCAUACUAGGCGAGUGAUUUACAAGACUCUUUGUGCCAGUUCGCUGCUACCAACGUUAAUCAAAUCUUUCAAUGGACCACAAGCAACGUUAACCUUUUGGAGGUCUGGUUGACUGUUGCAGCUAAAGGGAAUCAGAAUGCCUCUCAAUGACGACCAGAACAGCGAUUCAGACUCUUCACGCCUCUCGGAAAGCACAGCAGCUUCUAGCGACUCUGAAUAUUCAAGGCAGAGUUUUAACAGUGAUUCUUCAAGCAAACCCAGUUCCCCAGCGUCAGCAAGCCCUCCCAAGGUUAUUACAUUUGAUGAACUGAUGGCAGCUACAAGAAAUUUGUCAAACUGGACUCUAGCUCAUGAAAUUGCUGUAAAUGCAAAUUUUUGCAUAAAACAUGAAGACUUCCCACAAAACAGCUUUGCAGGCACAGUGAAACAAAUUGUACACAAGGCAUUUUGGGAUCAUUUGGAGUCGGAACUGAACGAAGAUCCUCCAGAGUAUGAACAUGCCAUCAAGCUCUUUGAGGAAAUUAAGGAGAUUCUUCUUUCCUUUCUGACUCCUGGAGCAAACAGGAUUCACAAUCAAAUUUGUGAAGUUCUAGAUACGGAUCUUAUAAGACAGCAGGCAGAACAUAAUGCUGUUGAUAUUCCUGGGCUAGCUAACUAUAUCAUCAACACUAUGGGAAAGUUGUGUGCUCCAAUAAGAGACAACGAUAUAAAACAGUUAAAGGCAACUGACAAUAUCGUAGAAUUGCUGAGACAAAUAUUUCAUGUUUUGGACCUGAUGAAAGUGGAUAUGGCAAACUACACAAUUAAAAGCCUUAGGCCAUACCUCUGGCAUAAUUUGGUGGACUAUGAAAGAACAAAAUUCCAGGAAAUUCUUGAAGAAACACCAAGUGCCCUGAAUCUCACAACAGAAUGGAUAAAGGAAUCUAUAGAAGAUGAACUGUCAUCUAUUUCUGAUGAGUCUUCAUCAUCCCCCGGUGCUGACAGUAGUUCAAAACCAAUUAUUAGUCCUACACUGGUGCUAAACAAUGGCUACUUGAAACUGUUACAAUGGGAUUAUUGCAAAACAAUUCCAGAGACUCUAAUAACAGAUGAAGUUCGUCUUCAAGAGUUGAGAGAAAAGCUCAAUCAAUUAAAAAUCAUAGCUUGUGUUUCUCUCAUAACAAACAAUAUGGUGGGUGCAGCAAUUGUAGAUGUGCCUGAUUUUGCUGACCAACUGAAAAGGAUCUCUGUUCCUCUUCUUGAAGGCAUGAACAAGAAAUCUUUUGAUUUGAAGGAGGCUCUGAAUGCUAUUGGUGUCCAGAUUUGCAGCAAAGUGAACAAGUCUCUAACUGAAAGAGGUCUUCCCAUUCUUAGUGAAGAAAUGCAGAGUAAUUUAAUGGGUCAAAUCGCUCAUAUUGUUGAGAAGAAUAAUCCUGUCUGUUCCUUGAUUGACAAACGGAUCCAGCUCUUCCUGAGAAGCUUGCUUGCUCUUCCGAGCUUCCAGAAAUGUAUGCCUACUAUGCCAGGAGGCCUUUCUGUAAUUCAGACAGAGAUGGAGUUUGUUGGAUCUCAGUAUGCAAGCAUUGUAAACUUCAAUAAAAAAGUCUAUGGACCAUUCUAUGCAAACAUACUUAGAAAACUACUUUUUCCUGAGGCACCAAUGGAGAAAUCAGAAGCAGAAACAGCUGGCAAUUAAAAACUGUACAUUUUUUUUUUUUAUAUUCCAAGACCAUGGGGAAGGCAGAUCUCUAAGAACAGCCUACACCAGUGACUGUUGAUCAUAAAAGGUCUUGUAAAAUAUAUACAGAUAGUUUCUGAGAUUCACUGUAAAAAAAAAAAUUAAUUUCAAGGUCAUAUAUAUAUUUUAAUAGAAAAAAAGUUGUUUAAUGGAUUGUUACUUACAAUAACCAGCAAGUUAUUAAUUUUCAUGGCAAACAUUUAUUAAGAUUUGCAGUGGGAAAGAGCUGGCAAAGUAUUUACUGUUUUGCCACCAAUAAAACAAUGUUAUUUUUCAACUCAAAUAUAUUUACAUAUAGCAAUGCAUAUUAUGAAAUGACAAAACAAGUGUAGAUAAAAUGUACCGUGCUUACAUUGUAUUUUUGUAGAGUAACAUCAGAGACAACAAUUAUGUUUCUGAAAAUACUUUGAAGAAGAAAGUAUAGCAUAACUGCUUCACUCAAACCCAGGUUCAUACUAGGCCAAGUUUAGGUACUCCUGCAGUUACUGGAACCAGAACUUUGCCUCUGUUCCAUUAAGGAAUGCCAGUGUUAUAAGCUGUUUGCAGUAUAGCAGUUACAGAAACAGCAUUCACCACUUCAAGUAGAAAUCAUUGAGAACUUCUCACCUGUAAACACCUAGGACACAUGAUGUUGGGGAGAGGUGGUGGAGUAAAUUUCUGUAUAUAAUGUGUAUAAGCAUUUUGUUUAUUCAGUGGAGGUCAUACAGAUCUUUAAUAUGUGUAUGUACUGAUCUUUGAUCUUAAUGGAUGGUGGGUAUUAAGUAUUUUCAAGUGAGGUGUUUCUGACCUUUAUUCCCUGAAGCACUUAAGGCUGACAAAGUACUUACAAUGUACCACAGAGCAAUUCCCCCUUUUAUGCCCUCAUCCAACAGAAUAUUAGUUUUUCACAACAGCUUCUUAGGUCUGAAAGCAAGAACCCAAAUAAAUAGUCAUUCUUGAAAAUGUGAUUAGAUUCACUUUCAUGGAGUCUCUGAGAAAUGCUGCAGUUUUCUUCAAAUUCCUUUGGAAUAGGCCCCAAUACUUAGUUCCCAUUUAAGGCAUCGGGAAUCUUGCAUACAGAAAAUUAAUAGGCUUGAAAUUGAGAAAUGUAGAAGUGAACUUCUCUAAGUUUACACAGACUUUAUUUUGCAUAUUUCAGAUUACUGGGAUUAGACACUGCUGGAAUACAUACUGUAGACAUGUUCAUGUCUAUGAAAUUGAAUAAUUUACUUGAAAAUGAUAUUUUAAUAUAUUACCAUAUUAUAGUCCUUUUAAGAUGUCAUAUAUAAAAAACCUCAGUGUGGUACAAGUUAUAGCUUGUUUUUAAUAUUUUAUAUUACGAUCUAUUUUUUAUGAAGAGACAAAAAUAACCUGUAAAAGCUUAAUGUGUCACACAAAUUGUAUGUGUACAUUACUAUGUCUAUCAUAGAGGUCUAAAAAAACUGGGCAUUAUUAGCACUGUGGUUUUGUAGUCCGUUUUUACAGGAUUCUGUACCCUUUAUAGUAAGAGAAAUUAAUUGUAGUCAGUUGUUUCUUAGUGUCCAAGGACUUUGGUCACAUGUACAUGAUACUGAAACUUUCUUCAAAAUGCCUUUUUAGAAAAAAUUUGCCAGUGCACUUCUGUUCUAUCCCUUGUGAAAACAUUGCACAAAAUAAAGAUGAAUACAUAUUUUAAAGGGAACUGUCUCCUGGAAAACCUGAGAGAAAGGAACUCUUAGCAUCUAAUAAUUGUGCCACUAGUUAAGCCAGGCUUGCUCACAUGAAUGUGGAAUUUUGAUAUGCAAUUCACAAUCACCAAGAGAAGAAUUCAUUUCAAAAGCAGUUAGGGGGAAUUAAAUCCUAGCAAUUUGCUGAGUCUUUAGAAAUACCUAAAUGAUUUUGACCUUUAGUCAAAAGAGAAUUUUGUAACAUUUGAAGAUGAUUGCUAACAUGAUUAUGAACUUUUUCUCAUAAUAUUUCAUAUACAUUCUACUGUACAAAUUAUUAUCAAACUAUAGAUCUGUAAGGAACUGGGAAAACUGUCAUACUAGUUUUUACCAGUAAUCAAAAAGUAGGGUUCAUCUGGGGUUUUUGGUGAUUAAGAUGACUUGCAAAGGGCAUUUUAUAGCAUGGGCUAUGUUUCAAGUGAUUGUUUAAUGUUUUUUAAUGUUUCAAACAUGGACAUUGCAUCUGUUUAAUGUCAUGUGUUGCAUGCUGUUUACGCUACUGUGGCUGAAAUGCACUUGCUUCUGCUCUGAAGUUGUUCUUGUGAAACAAGAUGCCAUUCUGUAGCAGCUUUCUUUGUUAAAAAAAAAAACAACAAACCAACCAACAAAUAUUUGAGGGUUUGGAUGCAUUAAAUUUUGUUUGUGAUACCA